CGCGUGGCCGGACAGUGCGCGCGGCUGUCCGCGCUGCCUCUCGAAUUCGCCGGGAGCCUCCGGCGAGACCACGGAGAGGGUGCGGGGGGCUGCGGCGCACCCGGGCUGUCACGUGUCUGGGAUUAGGUGGAGCUCAGCUUCAGGGGCGGCUCUUUCCUUCCCCACCGAUCUUUAGGAUUUGUGCCGGAGAAACACCCACGAUCUUUCCACUCCACUCCACUCCGUUCCCUUCCGCGACCGUCCUUUUCGCUUUAAUAAACGGGCCAAAAGACGGAUCCAGCAGAGAGGGGCUUUCAGAUGUGCCUUCCCACCAAGAUGCCAGGGAAAGCAUAACUUGCCAGGUGGCACCCGGGCAGGGGAAGCGCAGAGCUUUCCUGGCUCUGCCUGAACGGGAAACCCCAGCCACAGUGUUGCUUCCCCGGGGAGAGCAGAAAGCUGUCUGCCCGGUUGCGUUGCAUACCGAUGACCAAAGACCUGCUGCUUUUCGGGGGGUGACUACUGCUUUAUUAGUCUUUCCUUAUUGUUAUGCGGCAGCUGUCUGUUGAGCAAGCCCUCCCGGAAGGGAAAAAAAAAAACCAGAAUUAUGUAACUCACGUCCAUGAACUAGAAAUAACUUUGCUUAUUAACAGAGUUAACUUGAUUGUUCAGUUCAAGGGAAUGAAGAAUUCAGAAUAAUUUUGAUAAAUGGAUUUUAAUAUAGAGAAUAAAAAUAAUUUGAGUCUUUGUCCAUUUGUCUAAAGUCAUCUAUAACAGUCAAACCAGUCAAAAUGAAUUCAACAUCAUUUUCUCAGGUGGAAAAUCAUUCAAUCUAUUAUAACUUUUCAGAGAAGAAUUCCCGGUUUUUGGCUUUCGAAAAUGAUGAUUGUCAUCUGCCCUUGGCCAUGAUAUUCACGUUAGCACUUGCUUAUGGAGCUGUGAUCAUUCUUGGGGUCUCUGGAAACCUGGCUUUGAUCAUCAUCAUCUUGAAGCAAAAAGAGAUGAGAAAUGUCACCAACAUCCUGAUUGUGAACCUUUCCUUCUCAGACUUGCUUGUGGCCAUCAUGUGUCUUCCCUUCACAUUUGUCUACACGCUGAUGGACCACUGGGUUUUUGGUGAGGCAAUGUGCAAGUUGAACCCCUUUGUGCAGUGCGUUUCCAUCACUGUGUCCAUCUUCUCUCUGGUCCUUAUCGCCGUGGAACGGCAUCAGCUGAUUAUCAAUCCUCGGGGUUGGAGACCAAGUAAUAGACAUGCAUACGUAGGUAUUGCGGUCAUCUGGGUCCUUGCUGUGGCUUCUUCUCUGCCCUUCCUGAUCUAUCAAGUAUUGACAGAUGAGCCCUUCCAAAAUGUGACCCUUGAUGCGUUCAAGGACAAAUACGUCUGCUUUGAUAAAUUUCCAUCAGACUCUCACCGGCUGUCUUAUACCACUCUCCUCUUGGUGCUACAGUACUUUGGCCCACUCUGUUUUAUAUUUAUUUGCUACUUCAAGAUAUACAUACGCUUAAAAAGAAGAAACAGCAUGAUGGACAAGAUGAGAGACAAUAAGUACAGGUCCAGUGAAGCCAAAAGAAUCAACGUCAUGCUGCUGUCCAUCGUGGUGGCAUUUGCCGUCUGCUGGCUGCCUCUCACCAUCUUCAACACUGUGUUUGACUGGGACCAUCAGAUCAUUGCUACCUGCAACCAUAAUCUGUUGUUCCUUCUCUGCCACCUCACAGCCAUGAUCUCCACUUGCGUCAACCCCAUAUUUUAUGGCUUCCUGAACAAAAAUUUCCAGAGAGACCUGCAGUUCUUCUUUAGCUUUUGUGAUUUCCGGUCUCGGGAUGACGACUAUGAGACCAUCGCCAUGUCCACCAUGCACACAGAUGUUUCUAAAACAUCUCUGAAGCAAGCAAGCCCAGUCGCACCUAAAAAGAUCCACACUGAUGAUAAUGAAAAAAUCUGAACCUGCCAUAGCAUUUGGUCCCAAAUGAUUGACAUCUGCUUAAAAACAAGCACAACCUGAACGGACUUUCAUUACCUGUUCUCUUAUGGAAUGGGAUUGAAAUCAUUUAAGGAAGACCAAAAUUUUCUUGCGUUGCUUUUUAUUGCUUUUGUAGUAGUUGUCAUAAUUAUAUCUGGAACAAAAUGUGUGGGCUUUAGAAAAUUUUGGCAAUAGCCUUGACCAAACAUCUUUGAAGUGCUUUUUUGUAAACUUAUGCAUAGAGUAGAAAGGCUUUUAUAUUGUAUUUAUUAGAAAGAAAUUUCUUUAAUAUAUUUGUAUAAACUGACUUUAGAAGCUCUGUACCCGAUGUUCUCCCUCCACUGAGCCACUCUGGCUCAGUGAGAUUGUUGGUAGAUCGGACAGUCCUGCUUAGGUGAGAUUGUCAAUAGGUUGGGCAGUCCUGUGCGGUAUACACAUCCCUUCAGCCUGUUACAUGUGACAGCUGGCAAAAGCAGCAUUCAAGAUGUGAAUGCCUACUCUGAGAUUGUUCAGAAGUGACUUGCAUUGUUUUUGAAAUUUUAAGAUAGGAUUUAGUUUGCUCCUAAUUGUUCUUCACUUCAGAUGAAAAAAUGCAUUUAAAAGUACUCAGUGGUGAAUAUCAUGGGGCAUUGGGACAUCCACAAGAAUUAAGUGGGAAACCAGUUCCCUAACCUCAAUACUAUUUUGGUUUCUGACAACCAAAGGAUUUCAGAGUAUAACAAGUUAAUUAGUAUUGCUGCAUAGAGUUGGAAUAUAUUUAUUUGAAUGAAUGGUCAAGAGGCUUCUGUUCUUCAUGGACUGUUCAGUGUUUGUCAAGCCUUCUGGCAUAAAUAAAUAUAUAUGUAACUUUAAAGCAUUUAUUUCUAACUUAUAUAUGACCACAAAGUGUAUUUUCUAUACAUCAGUGCCUACAUAGCUACUCAUUUUUAAUGUUCAAUGGCCAUAUUUCAAAGGGCACCAAGGUGUACAGAGUUGAAAGACUGUCCACCCUGCCUAGGAGGGGUAAAUACCAGAAAACUGAGGUCACUUCCUGUAGCUCAUGUUAACUUAUGUGAACUGUGUGCUUUGCGGAGUCUUAACAAUCAUGCACUGUGUACCAAGGCAUUUUGUCACAUUAAUAUAUUGAUACUCAUUUCAUGUACCCUGUAAUCACGAUUGAGCCUCAGAAUCAUUGAAAGGAGAGAUAUUUAAAAAAAUAAGCGUAUCUCUGAUGUAUUAUACAAAAUAUUAAAUGUGUCUGAUUUUAGAAGGGCAGACAUUUUAUUUACUAAAAUUGUUUCUCUGUUUUCUGAACAGUC